AUGUCCAGAGAAGAUGGAGCCGCUCCUGCGACAGCUGAGCCUGCUGCAGCCAAACCUGUUGCAGCCGAUCCCUUUGCAGCGGAGCCUAUUGCAGUUCACCUUCCCGUAACUGAGCCCGAUGAAGCCAAGGCUAAGCCUGCUGCCCCCAAACCUCAGCCUUCUUCUCUUAACAAGGAUUACAGUGGCCAUUAUUACCCACCUAAUCCAUCUCUGAAUAUUCCUUAUGGCCCAAGGAAUUCGCAACCUCGUCUUUACUAUGCACGGAUGAAUACAAUCCCCAAUUACCCUGGGCAUCCUGGCUCUGCAAAAGGAUUACCUCCCUAUCCCUGGAUUCUCACUGCUCCUGGAGGACCCUAUAUCUACAACAUCCCUGGCUCUCCUUCAGCUACUGGAUUAACCAAUCCUUUCCUUCCUCGCCAUCCUCCUGGGGUUCUUCCCUUUGUCCCUCCUUCGAGGAUUUAUGCAGCACCUGUUGCCCCACCUGUUGCAGCUGAGCCUGCGGCAGCCUCUCCUGUUGCAGCUGCUCCUGUUGCAGCUGAGCCUGCAGCAGCCGCUCCUGUUGCAGCUGAGCCUGGCCCAUUUAACUCAUGGAUUCCUCCUUUCUCUGGGAUUCUACAGCAGCAGCAACAGGCUCAAAUUCCAGAAUUCUCCCAGUUGUAUUUAUCAACUCUAGACCGGUUUGCUAGACUGUUCCCCAAUCAGGUACCUUUCCCAGGACAGGUCAGUUUUGUCCAAGGAGCCCAGGCAGACCAGCUGGACCCUUCCCAGCCUCAAACAGCACCACCAACACAACAAGGCCCUAAUCAGGUGGUACCUUAUGUAUUCUCCUUCAAAAUGCCUCCAGAGCAAGCACAGAUCAGUGACAGUGAUGAAUCAUCUUUACAGAUUUUUGUGCCCCCACGAAAUCCAUUUUUCCCCCCACAAAAUCCAUUUGGCCGGUACCCUCCAUUCCUAUAUCCUCCAGGUUACUGGUACAGAUAUUUGGGUUUUCCUUUUCCAAUACCUGCGUCUGUCUCUACAAAUACCCCUCCUAAUGGAAAGUAA